AGCAUGGAGGGACACUUGGAAAAGCAUGAGGGGAUUGGCAUGUACUUUCCUUGUGACAAUCAGACAAUAAAGAAGAAUUUGGUUUCCGUACGAUCCUCCACAGGUCAAAGUGAAAUACACUUUGUAAAAAGAAUGCUACAUUUUGAACACGAAAUAAAGACCAAAACAGGAGUGAUAAUUCCACACUAUGAAUACUUGGACUGGGAUACAAAACUCAAUCUUCCGAAGUCGGCAGAACACUUUGUUGCCUUUAUCAAGGAAGUGGAAGACGCUUCCAAGUCAUCUCGCCUCAAGGGACCGAUCCUGUUGCAUUGUCUGAACGGUGCUGGAAAGAGCGGCCUUUUAUGUGUUGUCUCGAUAUUACUCGAAAAACUGAUUGAAGACAAUGAAGUCAGUGUGGUCAAUGCGGUGAAGUAUAUCAAAGCAAGAAGAUCGCUCGCUAUUCCAAAUAAGGAGCAGUUUUACUUUUGUCACGAGUGUGUUAUCCAUUCCUUGAACGCAACUGAAAACGCUGCGAUAUACAACAUAAGAGGGAAAGCCGCGUGAUACAACAUCAGAGGGAAUGCUGCGUAAUACAACAUAAGAGGGAAUGCUGCGUAAUACA